CGAAAAAAAACAAAAGAAAAAAUCCAGCCAAAAAGGCAAAAAGCACAUUCCAUAAAAUCCAUAAUUUUUUUUUUUUUUAAAAUCAUUCCCCAAAUUUACUCUUCCCCUCUUUCUCUCUCAUUCUCUACUUCACUUUCUCCCUCCUCUUUGUUUUUUUGGGGAAGAAUUCAUUCAUCAGUAUUCUUUGAGCUACUUUUACAGAGGUUGAUUUUUUAGGGUUUGAAAAAAGGUAAAUUAAGGAGGAAAGAGUCGUAAUCUGAGCAGAUCUCGCCGGAAAAAUCUGUUGAAAAUAUGGCUAAUGGUGAAAUAACGGCGGCCCCGGCGAGGUUAACGACGUCAGCUUCGUUUAAGUACCGGAAAAAGAGUGGCGGACAUUCUAGAGUUAAUUCGGAAGUUGAUGAUAUCGUUCAUUUGUUGCACGGCUCUGAUCCUGUUCGCGUUGAGCUCACUCGCCUUGAGAAUGAAGUUCGAGAGAAGGAUAGAGAAUUAGGAGAAGUUCAUGCAGAAGUCAAGGGAUUAAAGCAUUCAGAACGACUUAAAGAAAAGGCAGUUGAAGAGCUUAGUGAUGAACUUCGGAAGGUGGAUGGUAAAUUAAAAACUACUGAAGCUGUUCUGGAAACCAAGAACCUUGAAAUUAAAAAGAUAAAUGAAGAGAAGAAAGCAGCUCUUGCUGCACAAUUUGCUGCAGAGGCCACACUUAGACGCGUACACGCUGCUCAAAAGGAUGAUGAUAUGCCCCCUAUAGAGGCCAUUAUUGCUCCACUAGAAGCAGAGCUAAAGCUGGCUAGGCAAGAGAUUGCAAAAUUGCAGGAUGACAACAGGGCAUUGGAUCGUCUUACAAAAUCCAAGGAAGCUGCAUUAUUGGAGGCGGAGAAGACUGUUCAGAUAGCUAUGGCAAAAGCAUCCUUGGUUGAUGAUUUGCAGAACAAGAACCAGGAGUUGAUGAAGCAGAUUGAAAUCUGUCAGGAGGAAAACAGAAUUCUGGACAGAAUGCAUCGUCAAAAGGUAGCAGAAGUUGAAAAGUUGACACAAACAGUUCGCGAGCUUGAGGAAGCAGUGUUGGCUGGUGGAGCUGCUGCCAAUGCUGUGCGUGCUUACCAACGUAAAGUGCAGGAGAUGAAUGAUGAGAAGAAAACUCUCGACAGGGAGCUUGCCCGUGCAAAAGUUACCGCAAAUAGAGUUGCUACUGUGGUGGCUAAUGAAUGGAAAGAUGGCAAUGACAAAGUAAUGCCUGUAAAGCAAUGGCUGGAAGAGAGAAAAUAUUAUCAGGGAGAAAUGCAGCAACUUCGUGAUAAGCUUGCUGUUGCCGAGCGUACUGCAAAAGCAGAAGCACAGUUAAAAGAGAAAUACCAAUUAAGAUUUAAGGUUUUAGAAGAAAAAUUAAGAGGGUCUGCCAGUGCCAAUUCUUCCCGCGUCACCCUGGAAAGAAGAAGCAUAAGCAGUGGUCGAUCACGGCGCCAAUCUCUUGGAGGAGUGGAGAAUUUCUCAAGGGUAGCUUCUAAUGGAUAUUUAUCAAAAAGAACAACAAAUUCACCAUCUGAUACUGCAGGGACUAUGCGAUCUAAUAGUGUAAUUGCAUUACUAAAGAAUGCCAAGGAUCCGUCACAAUCAUUUGAUGGCGGUGAUAAACCCCGAGAAGGAGCUAAGCCAUGUCCAACUUCAAAUGGUAUUGAUAAGACCCACAAUGGCUCCCAAAAAGAGGAGGAUCAUAAUAAUGUAGUUGAAAAAACAAAAACAAAUUGUGAUGACUAUGUAUCCGGGGCAUUGUAUGAUAUGCUACAAAAGGAAGUUGUUACUCUCAGAAAAGCUUGUCAUGAGAAAGCUCAAAGCCUAAAGGACAAGGAUGAUGCUAUUGAGAUGUUGUCGAAGAAGGUUGAGACCCUGAACAAGGCGAUGGAAGUCGAAGCAAAGAAAAUGAGAAGAGAAGUAGCAGCGAUGGAAAAGGAAGUUGCUUCCAUCCGUAUUAAUAGCAAGGAAAGCGAGCAAAGAAACCGGAGAAUGAGUAUUGCUAGAGGAGUUGUCAAUGGUACUUCUCACCCACAUUCUGCAAGGAACAUUCGGAAUUUGUAGGGAAUUAAACUUACACUCAUAAGGACUCAGUCCUUGGACACUAGAAUGAUAGCGCUUGUUUAUGGAUUAGUCCCUCCACUUCUCGCUUUCUUCUGACAUUCCCGCCUCCUGUUCUCUAGGCUUCCCAAGUCCUGCUAUUCAUUUUGUAAAGAGCUGACUUCUUAAUUGAUCGAGGGAGAGUUACGUGAAUCGUGUAUAUUUUUGUAUUAACAAGAUGAGUGUGAACUUAUGUGAAAGUAGUGGUGUGUACUGUGUAGUAGGGUUUUUUGUGGUCAUCUUUCAAUUAUAUUUGAUUUUGAAGGAUUGCUGAUAUUCUGUAAAGGGCACGGUUGCAUAGCCCAAUUGAUUGUUUCUCUUGAAGCAUGGGUUACAAACUUACAAUUUAAAGCUACAUUUACUUUUUAA